AUUUUAUAACAAGAUUUUCGAACUCCGUCCUUGUUACGACAGCGUUUUUUGUGUACCCAGAUAAUAAUGAUAUAUAUAAAUUUUGCUUGUUACCUUGUCCUUGUAUAGCAUUUUGUAAAUAGUUUAUCCUUGGGUUUAUGUACUUAUUCUGAUGCAGCAGUAAGAUUUUAGUUUGUUCUGCGCCUGCCAUCCUGGGAAGCAACAAAAAGAGUCAUUAGUGUCACAUCUGGAAGGUGCCAGCGUGAAGUAGUACUUGUAAUCUGUAGUAAUAUCCACAUUGCCUCUGGACUUGGAGAAAACCAUGAAUCAGAGCGAAGAAGCAGGAUCGAAUGAACCGAACAGGACCGAAGUUCUCUUUGUCGGAUUCAACCAGGAUGGAACAUCGCUGGCUAUCGGCACACGAAAAGGCUACAAAUUGUACUCGAUUGCCUCCGUGGAGAAACUGGAACUGAUUUAUGAAAACACAACGGAAAAGGAUGUGUGCAUCGUGGAAAGACUCUUCUCCAGCAGCCUCGUGGCCAUUGUCAGUCUGAAUGCGCAUCGGAUGCUGAAAGUGUGCCAUUUCAAGAAAGGCACUGAGAUUUGCAAUUACAGCUAUUCCAAUACCAUUUUGGCAGUUCGUCUUAAUCGAUUGCGUCUGCUGGUUUGCUUGGAAGAGAGCUUGUACAUUCACAAUAUUCGGAACAUGGAAGUGUUACACACUAUCCGCGAUACUCCUCCCAAUCCCAAAGGACUCUGCUGUCUGGUACCCAAGGAUGAAAACUGUUAUUUGGCUUAUCCAGGAAGUAGCACCAUUGGUGAAGUCCAGAUAUUUGACGCAUCAAAUUUGCGUGCUGCCGCGAUGAUCAAUGCCCAUGAUAGCCCUCUUGCCAGUAUGGCGUUUGAUGCAAAUGGCACUAAGCUGGCCACUGCUUCCACUAAGGGAACAGUCAUUCGGGUGUUCAGCGUUCCUUCCGGAGAUAAACUGUUUGAACUUCGUCGGGGGAUGAAGCGUUGCGUGGACAUGUAUUCUUUGUCAUUCAGCCCAGAUGCCCUGUUGUUAUCAUCUUCCAGCAAUACGGAGACUGUACACGUGUUCAAGCUGGAACAAGGCGAAAAGCCUCCGGAACAGAAUCAGAGUUGGAUGAAUUACCUGGGUAAAGCCAUCAUGAAUGCUGCCACGUACUUGCCCGCUCAAGUUUCGGACGUUGUCAAUCAGGGACGCUCAUUUGCCGUUGUACGCCACCCAUUUAGUGGUGUUCGCAACAUCUGCAUGAUUGCGAAUUUGCAGAAGACUCCUCGCCUUUUAGUAGCUUCCGCCGAUGGUUACCUCUACAUAUAUGCUAUUGAUCCCAACGAAGGAGGAGACUGCACUUUGCUAAAACAGCAUAAACUGGAGAAAAUGAGUAAUCCCGCUACAGCGGGCGAUGGAGCAGUUCCGAGACCAUCUAGCCCCAUCACCUACGCAGCGGCUGCCGCUAAGCAGCCUGAGAAGUCUAUGCCCGUUGGCAGUCUCGGUUCCGAUCGGGGUGCUCCUGAUAGCGAUUCCCCUCCUCCGGUUCAGCGACCCGAAGCAUAAUUCCAUUUUAUCGUUUUUCUUGUUGAAUUUCUUGUUUCUGUCAGUUACCGAGAAGUGAAUUUCAUUGUCGGUUUACAUUUUGCAACCUUUUGAACUUCUUCGUUCCAGUUACGGUUUUGAUAUUGGUCAUGUGCAGUUCUGCACAUACUUAUCGUUAAUUAAGUAGAUGAAAAGUACCUUAGCCCAAGGUGUCUCCGUACUUCAGGGUCUAGUGUCUACUGGUUUGUGUUUUCUGAAUUUACUUUCAGUUUAAGAAUAUUAAAAAUCUCAAAGUGA